CAGGCGCAUGCGCGGAAGGCCAGACACGCGAGAAUGGCAGUUGGACGCAGCCUGCCGGCUAAUGCUCCACCCCCUUCCCUACUCUCGGCCAACGCCAAUCAGGAGCGCUCUUCAUUCAAUUGAUGGCCGAAGGGACCAAUCUUCCUCUACCAGGGCAGGAGAGGGAGCGCAGAAACUUUCCUGGGGACUCAUCAGUCGGAAAGUAGGAAGGCAGUUUUCUUGGUAUUUGAAAAGAGGCCGUCCAAUGAGACGGAGUUUGAGGAUUACACGACUGAUUGACAACCUCUUCAACCAAUGAGGCAUCCUCUCCUCUACUUGGGCGGGCCCUGCCCGGGCCCCCAGUGGAGAUGGGCUCAGCCAAGAGCGUCCCAGCCACCCCAGCGCGGCCUCCACCACGUAACAAGCAUCUGGCUCGAGUAGCGGACCCUCGCUCGCCUAGUGCCGGCAUCCAGCGCACUCCUAUCCAGGUGGAGAGCUCUCCACAAACAAGCCUGUCCGCCAGAGAAGAGCUGGAGGAUCCUGAGAAGGCCCAGGACUCAGAUCCUCGCUCUCCGACGCUUGGCAUCACACGGACACCUAUGAAGGCCAGCAGUGCAGACCCUGAGAGUCCACUGGUGAAACAGCUGAGUGAAGUAUUUGAGACUGAAGCCUCAAAGUCGAAUCUCCCCCCAGACCCUCUUCUGCCCCUGGGAGCAGUUUCAUCAUCUGAACUGGACUUUACUGUGGAUACUCACUUAUUCCUGGAGGACAAGACCAAGCUCCCCUCUAAACAGGUGUUGUCCAAGGAGGAAGCUACACAGCUCACAGCAACCCCCGUGGCCAGCCAGACCUCGGACAAGCCCUCAGGAGACCCCGAAACUCCCCGAUCUCCAGGUUCUAAGCACAAUAGACGGAAACAAAACAGCAAGGUACUAGGGAGAUCUCCCCUCACCAUCCUGCAGGAUGACAACUCCCCUGGGACCCUGACAGCACGACAGGGUAAGCGGCCUUCUCCCCUGAGUGAAAAUGUCGGGGAAGUGAAGGAAGGAGCCAUUCUCAGAACUGGACGACUUCUGAAAACUGGAGGCUGCUCAUGGGAGCCAGCCCAGGACCAUGACAAGGAAAAUCAGCACUUUCCUUUGGUAGAGAGUUAGGCCCGCCGUGAGCUCUCCCUGGGUUCUCAGGGCUUGGUGAUCUUGUGUCAUCUCGAACCUUCUUCCACCGGGGAGACUGGAGAAAGGUUUCUUUGGUUUCUCUUAAACUGCCAACUCCAGGACUUAGAGCUUUAUGGGGCUUCCUGUUUUACGUGUUUCUUGUAUAUUAAAGGAAGUGAUUUUAAACAGUG